AUGAAGUCUGCUGAGUGGGGAUUUCUCCUAGGGCUCUUCAUCCUCUUGCUGACUACCCCAUCAAUGUGCGGUGUUGCUAAACUUGCUGACAUGAUAUGUGGAGAACUCAAAGAUCCCUGCAAAAUGGAUUUGGAUGCUGGUAGCUGCUUUGAAAUUCACUUCAGAUAUUUCUACAACACCACCUCCAAAAGAUGUGAAAGUUUUAUCUUCUCCGGAUGUAAUGGCAACCUUAACAACUACAAGCUUAAAAUAGAAUGUGACAUAGCCUGUGUGGAAAAAUACAAAAUAAAGUAA